AUGAUUGAACAGGUACUAGAACAGAAGAAGCUGGUUCCUACUGAGGAAACACCACAGAGAAGUAAGGUACCUUUCAUCAAAGAAAUCAUGGUAAAGCCACUACCCAAAAAGUUCAAGAUGCCACAGCUAACAACUUAUUUUGGGAGGGGGGACCCUUAUGACCAUAUGCAAAACUAUGAGGCAGUGAUGCUUCUCCAUGGAUGGGAGGAUGCAAUCACGUGCAGAGCAUUUCCGCUUACUUUAACAGGGCAUGCACACAUAUGGUUUAAUAAUCUGAAGGAAGGAUCAAUUUCAAACUUCAAUCAGUUGAGGAAGGAAUUUAUAGAUGGAUUCCUCAUUAAUGCUAGAAGAAAGAAGGACACUUCGUAUCUUCUGACCAUUAAACAAGAAGAGAAAGAGAGCUUGAAAGACUAUGUUGAAAGAUUUCGUGCCGCUACCUUAGAAGUACAGGAUCUUCAAGCCACAGUGGCAGUAUCAGGAAUGCUUCAAGGGACAAGGUCAAGAGAUUUUCAAAAAUCCCUUUCCCUAGAUCAACCCCUCACUCUUGGAGAUCUGUUCAGUCGAGCUAAUAAGUUUAUCCUUUCGGAUGAUGUUAUGAGGCACAUCAAUGCUAGAAACAUAGAUAAGAAAAGAAAAGAUAGAGAUGAAACGAACGAUGAAGGGAGAAAGAUUGGAAGGGGAAAUGAACAAAGACAAGUUCCAAAACUCAAAUUUGAGAACUUCACACCAUUAAGCCAACCACGUUCUACCAUCCUAGCAAGUAUAGAAGGAUCUGGCCUCCUUACCUUUCCUCCUAAGGCAAACAAGACAAUGGGCAAAUUUACAGAUGCAUACUGCAGCUUUCACAAAACCCAUGGACACUCAACUGAUAGAUGCAGAGAACUGAUGAAUGAGAUUGAAUCUCUAGUGCACCAAGGAAAGCUUAACAGAUUUGUCUACUCAGAAGCAUGGAGAAACGAGAAACCGACUUACUCAAAAAAGGAAAGAUCUGAAGAUAACAGGGGAAUGAAGGAUAAAAAAGACUCCAAGACGAGAGAGAAACCCCCACUUUAG